GGGAGAGAAAAGAAUAGGAGCUCUGGGAAUGUUAAGCUGCUUCAGGAGAUGUGGGAACACUUGCUCUCUGUAAUACAAAGGGAGAGAGAGAGAGAGGGCGAGCCACACAAGUGAAGACCUACUGAUAUGACGGCUCCUGCAUCUGGUGCAGACCACUAAUGGAUUGAAGUGGGAGGAAGGAUUAAUGUGAACCAAGAGAAACAGCCGUGCAUCACUCAUUCAAGGACAGCAGCAGGCAGAGAGGGUGUUAGAGCAAGCUGCCUGAAGUCUGAGAGAAUCCAGGAAAGGGUGGGGGUGGGAAGAGAGAGAGAGAGAGGAGAAAAAUCAGCACGGAAUGAAACCGAGAGGGAGGGAUGCACAAUUGUAGGAGCUCAGGACCCACGUACCUAACUCUUACACAAAGACUGGAACAAACUGACUGAGGAUCCAUAUCCACGGGUUCUGCUCUCUCUAUACCUUCAGCAUCUGCGAGAGAGGUGGUGGGAGGGCAGGGGAGGGGGAGAAAAAGGACUAACCCUUGCCCAUUGGACUGAAGGCAGACAAAUCGCUGAUUGAAGAUUUAAACCAGGAACUGGAGAGAGCUAAAGCAGCAACUCAUUUAAACACCUGGCUCUGAGAACCCCCCAGAUUGUUCAUCAGGCAAGGCCUAAUCCUCCCCAGAUUUGGAAUUUAACAAAAAAAAACUCCUCGAUGAUUUUUAACAGGAGGAAAAAAGAAGCAGGGAUGAGAAGCAGAGAGGCCACCUUCACAAUGACUUUCAAAUCUGAGCGAGAUUAGUCACUGCUUCGAAAAUCUUGCGUCUUCUUCACGAAUAAUAAUGGGAGUGGGACUUGAAGGCAAUCUUGUGAGAUCUCUCUGAGGAAUCAUAACCGUGUUCCAAAGCAAACAGAGCUCAGUAAUUGCAGUGUGUUUCAGGAGGACUGGGAGUGGGAGCAUCAGCAAUUUGUUCUGUUCCUCGAAUCUUGGAGAUUUUGAACCGCAUCUGGCAGCAGAUAUUCAAGAGUUCCUUGUAGCCCUCUGAGAAAGCGAAGAUCAUGAGAAGGGUCACGACUCCCCUGUGCCGAGGUGGCAAGGGCAGGAGGGUAACCAGAGGCUCCUGACUCCAGAACGUGGAGGCCACUCCAUCCUCUCGGACACAGAAGCCCCACCACCACAAGCCACGAUCCAAGAAGGGGGCAAAGGCUUGGCCACUCUCCUCAGCAGGGAAGAGGGAAGAACUCAUCUGGUGUUUUUUAAUUGGAGGCCUGCCCAUCGUGUGGGCCCAAGGUUUGGUCAAGGCCAUGUGCGUUAGGGGCUUAUUCACAACCAGCCGCAAACGAUUCGUUCUCCUUCCCCAUUCAGAAAGGGACACUCAUAGGAGUUGGGUCUCCUAAGCUAAGACGUGACGGCCAAAGAUUGAGGAUUGAAAUUUCCACGGAGAUAACCAGUCGCCAACCCCUUCACCUUCACUCGAAACCCCCUUUUCAGGAAGGUCCCCAAAUCUGAGCAGAUUGUCUUCUCCAGGAUCUGGCAGAGUCUCCUCUCAGACUUGCUUUCCAACGAGAGCCUUUCCCACCCGGUCAACUUCCUCUUCCAUCCCCCGUCGUGCAGCUGGUUGUCUUUUCCCUUCAUCGCUCGAAGGCGAUGCUGCGGCGAGAUGUCUGGAGACGGAGAGGAAGAGCUGUGCCGAAACGCACUAACGUUGGUCCAUGAACUGUGCUUCGGCAUCCGGGAAAACCGCAACAACGAGAAGUGCAUCGAGUUCUCCUACCUCAUGCGCGAUCGAGACCGCACACGCCACAUCGAGACAGAUAUAUCGGUCAGCCUCCUCUCGGUGAUUGUAACAUUCUGCGGCAUCGUUCUCCUGGGCGUCUCACUCUUUGUCUCCUGGAAGCUCUGCUGGAUCCCAUGGCGUGACAAAGGCUUGAACCCCCAGCGCAAGGACUCGCACCACCUGCACCACCUGCACCACCACUCGCACUUCACCGACCUUGCUGUCGAGCGCGUUGACUGUGGCCCAGAGAUGCCCGAACGCUCCUACCUCGACCUGGAGUCAUACCCCGAGUCCAGCAUCAAACUGAGCCAGACGUCGCCUGAUAUCCCGGUGGACACCAACUCCGGGACUAAGGAGAACAGCCUCCCAAACGCACACUCCCACCAACAGGUGUCUGUCCCGCCACCAGCAACAAGGUUCAACUCGCUCCCGAGGCCAAUCCCACAGCAGUUGUCCAGCCCGGACUUUGGGAGCCAGACCGAUGAGAAAGUGGAGCAGGUGACCAGCAUCGGUCAGAUCAAACCGGAACUCUACAAGCAGAGGUCCAUCGACACAGAGGCGAAGAAGCACCAGAAGGUGAACUGCGGGCGGAUAAACUUCCUGCUGAGGUACACGUACGCCACCGAGCAGCUGGUGGUCAAAGUCCUGAAGGCCCUCGAUCUUCCAGCCAAAGACGCCAACGGAUUCUCCGACCCUUACGUGAAGAUCUACCUGCUCCCUGACCGCAAGAAGAAGUUCCAGACCAAGGUGCACCGCAAGACGCUGAACCCAGUGUUCAAUGAGACCUUUCAGUUCAAUGUCCCGUUUAACGAGCUGCAGAACCGCAAGCUCCACUUCAGCAUCUAUGACUUUGACCGUUUCUCCCGUCACGACCUGAUUGGGCAAGUGGUGCUGGACAACCUGCUGGAAUUCUCCGACCUCUCCGAGGGAACACCCAUGUGGCGGGACAUCUUGGAGGCGACAUCGGAGAAAGCUGAUCUGGGUGAGAUAAACUUCUCCUUGUGCUAUCUCCCGACGGCAGGCAGACUCACAAUCACCAUUAUCAAAGCCACCAAUCUUAAGGCGAUGGAUUUGACUGGAUUCUCAGAUCCCUAUGUGAAGGCGUCAUUGAUCUGUGAGGGGAGGCGUCUGAAGAAGCGGAAGACGUCAAUAAAGAAGAACACACUGAACCCAGUAUACAAUGAGGCCCUGGUGUUUGACAUUCCCAACGAGAAUAUGGACCAUGUCAACGUCAUCAUUGCUGUCAUGGAUUACGACUGCAUCGGUCACAACGAGGUUAUUGGGAUGUGCUGUGUAGGGAAUGAUGCUGAUGGUGCAGGUCGGGAACACUGGACUGAAAUGCUGGCCAACCCACGCAAACCCAUUGAACAAUGGCAGCAGCUUGUUGAGGAAAAAGUCAUGAACAAUUACAUGACAAAAAGUUACACCACCAGUACAGGUGCCACCAAACCAGUUAGCAUUGUGGUGGAGAGUCCUCAUUCAGACUGAGAGUCUUACCAUACAUCACAUAAGGGAACACAAGAAGCCAGCAGUGCAUUUUUUUUUCAACUUUUCUUCGGUUUAUGAAAUCCUUUCUUCAUCGGGAAAGAGAGAAAGAAAGGUGGGGGAUCAAACCCUACAAUGUCUGCGUCCCGGUCUGAGGACAGCAAGCAAGAGGAAAUUGGGCAAUAAAUGGGCAGACUCAUCGAUUAACCCAUGGAUCAUUUAACAACCAUAUUCAGUUGCCACGUGUGUCUGUGUAUUUGGGAUGAAGGUGUCUGGGAGCUCGACUCAGAACCCAUUCCAAAACCAAGGUGAACGCUCGAAAACGAUGCAACCGCAAAAUUCAAUUUUCAGGGCAAAAAUAACCCUGUUUCGAAUGCAUGUUUCACCAUGGAUGUUUGUGGCUUGCGUAUGACAUGUGUGAGCAAGAAAUCACUGGCCCCCCACUGUAUCCAUCCCUCAACUCAAAUCCCUCCACCAAUCCCCACCCCAACUUGGGGCUACUUCACAAAGUCAAAAUAUUAUCCAUUCUCUGUACAUUCCUGCCAAUCGGAUGGACGGAUAACUAUGCUGCUGGACAUGUGAUUUCAAUGCACGAAUUCCAGGAGAAUAUUUUUUUUCCAGCCGGUCAUGUGUUUUUGAAAGCAUUUGGAAGCCAGGAGGUGGUAAGAACCCUCAAUCCUUUGGUGGCAACCUUGUUAAGUGAGAUCCCACCUAAAGUCAGGUCUCAGGGUAGUGAUGGGGAGAGCUGGGGGUUUGUGACAUUGGGGCUCAUUUAUAUUCAAACUUGAUCAUCAGGGAGCUGAACUGAUUGGAUAAGACUGUAAUGUUGUACUGGCGACCAAUUUCAGUCUCCUUUUGUCGGUGGAAAGUGAUGCGGCGUAGGGUCAAUCUAAUAUGACUUUCUACUAUCCACUUUCUUGACUACUCAAUCUCUCAAGGCCAGUUAAGAUUGCUGGCAAGUCCUGAGGCAGCAAUCAGUGGAUUUCCAAUCUUCUCCACAUUUCCUAUCAUUCCCCACCCUAUAGACUCACUCACAGUGUCUCUUAUCCCUUCAACACAUGCUGUUUGUGAGAGUUAGCAGUUUUGGUCCUGAUAUUCAAGCCCAGUUGACAGAAAGCAUGUGUAAACAAGAUUCCGAAAGGUUUCACUGAGCUUUUUAAUGGACUUUCUCCAGUCAUGGAGCAAAUAUCCACCCCUUCCCUUAUUGCUCCAAUUUGAUUUCUUGCCAAAGGCCAACUUAAUUCCUUGAAAUGCAAAAGGUCACGAAAGAACAUCAGCCUAAUGAUGCAAGUGGGUUGUGAGAUCCCCUUGCUCUUUGCUGCUUGCAUUCGAUCAGGCAGAUCACUAACCCCCAACCCCUACCCCCAAGAUCACCUACCCCACCAUUCCAACCUGCUUAUUAAGAAUGUAUAGAUGUGGUUCUUGUGGAGCAGUGGCAGUGUUGCUACCGCUGGGCCAGGGGACACAUGUUCAAUCCCACCUGCUCCAGUGUAUAAUAUAAUCUCUCAACAGGUUGGCUAGAAAAUGGGUGCAGGAGGAGAUUAUUCUCGAUCCUGUUUGACAUUCAAUGAGAUUAUGGCUGAUCCUCAAAAACGUCUAAUCUAAGGCUAGCAGGAACCAAACAUUUCAAGCUCCAACUAUUGGAAUAGGAGCAGAAUGGGAAUGGAACAGACUAGUGGUAUUGUCGCUAGGUGAUUAAUCGAGAGACCCAAGUAAUCUUCUGGGGACCUGGGUUCAAAUCCUCCCAUGGCAGAUGAUGGAAUUCAAACUCCUUAGAGUAAAAAUCAAGAAUUAAGAGUCGAAUGGUGACCAUGAAACCAUUGCCUAUUGCUGGGGAGAUCCUAUCUGGUUCAAUUGUGUCCUUCAGGGAUGGAAUCUGCCAUCCUUACCUGGUUUGGUCUCCAUGUGAUUCCAGACGCACAGCAAUGUAGUUAAGUCUUAACUAGUACGUACAGAUAAUAAAUGCAGGCCCAGCCAGUGAUGCCCACAUCCUGUAACUGAACAAAAAAAUUGUUAAAGUUGUCAAUUGGAUGCUUUUAUGAAUAGGAAGGGUUUGGAGGGAUAUGGGCCAGGUGCUGGCAGGUGGGACUAGAUUGGGUUGGGAU